UCCAGGCAAUCCACGCUGCCUGACAAUCAAACCGGGACCGUGAAGUGGAUCCGGUAUCUGGAUUCUCAGAUGCCAAUGACUGGCAGGAUAUAGCAUUUUAGGACUCGAGCCCCCACCGCGAAAAGUGACGAGUUUGGAUUUUUUCCCCCCCUCUGGGAUGGACGCGUGUGGACGGAACGGGGAGGAGGCAGUGGCGGUACCGACUGCGUGGACGCGCACCCAGUCUCGAUUUCUUGUUUUCCACGGAUGAGAAAGAGGGAAAAAGUUUCCCAGCCGGAUGGAUGAGCGGAGGUUUUCGCGUUGGAUCGCGGACUUUGACGUGACGUGCGUGCGUGUGCGUGCACGUUAAUUGCGGCUUCGUUAGCCGCACGCGUGCGUGCACAGGGGCGGGGGAAUGCACGCGCCGGUUGCAGGGUCGACAGCAGCAACAUCCAGCAGUGCCGCGACCACAGGUGGUCCUUAUAGUGAACAGUGACUCCAAAUCCCAGAAUGCCAUGGUGCGGCUAGAUCGGCAUCCCACCGGGUCCACCUGACCUGAGCUUACCUCCCUCCUUACCUCAUCCUCCCUAACCAGACUCCUCCGUCCAUCUUCCUCAUCGCCUCCGUCCCCAAUCACCUGUCCUUCCUCUUCUCCCGAUCCCACCCUCCACCUCCUACCCCCCCGCAGCACACAUGCAGGCCAAGAAGCGGUACCUGCUCGUGUCUGUGGGGGUCGCUCUUCUUUUCCUGGUCUACAUGUGGGCUCUCCAAAUCGCUGACUUUGAGCAGCAGCAUCGGUGGUACCGCCACCACCAGUUGCCCCAGUACCCCGACUACUACCAAGAACAGCCGUACAGCCAGAGUCAAGAAGCGGAGCGGGCCGGGCACAGGCCCCUGCCUCGGAGGGGCCCGUCCAAACAACCCGGACACUGGACUGAAUUGACCCAGCUGCUGGGGCCCUACCUGGAGGGAGGAGAGCAAGAGGAGGACGGUCCUCAGGUCCACCACCAGCACAGCUCACCCAGAGAACGCCGCUCAGUCCGCGACAACCUCUACAAGAACAAACGCUGCCGCAUGGAAACCUGCUUCGACUUUGCCCGUUGCCAGCCGCAUUUCGGCGUCUACGUUUACCCGUUGCAAAGAGGCGAUGAGAUCUCCAACACUUAUCGUAAGAUCCUGUCCUCCAUCCAGGAAUCUCGCUUCCACACCACGGACCCCUCCAAGGCAUGCCUUUUCGUCCUGGCCGUGGACACCCUGGACAGGGACCGUCUGUCGGCCCAGUUCGUUCAGAACGUCAGGACGCGAAUUCAGAGUUUGCCCACGUGGAACGACGGCAGGAACCACCUGAUUUUUAACCUCUACUCCGGAACCUGGCCAGACUACACGGACGAUCUGGGCUUCGAGGUGGGCCAGGCCAUGCUGGCCAAGGCCAGCGCCGACGUGGCCAACUUUCGACCCAGCUUUGAUAUCUCCGUCCCCUUGUUCUCUAAAGACCAUCCGCUCAAAUCUGGGGGCACGGACAGCGCGUCACCUUCUUCGUCCUCUAGGCGCUACCUGCUGGUCUUCAAAGGGAAGCGCUACUUGACGGGCAUCGGCUCUGAAACCCGGAACGCUUUGUAUCACAUCCACAAUGGAGAUGAUAUUGUCCUGUUGACCACCUGCAAGCACGGCAAGGACUGGGAGAAGCACAAGGACUCCCGAUGUGAUCACGACAACAGAGAAUACGCAAAGUUCGACUACCAGGAGCUUCUUCACAACUCCACCUUCUGUCUGGUGCCUCGCGGACGACGCCUCGGUUCCUUCCGCUUCCUGGAAGCGCUCCAGGCGGCGUGCAUUCCCGUCAUUCUCAGCAACGGUUGGGAGCUCCCCUUCGCCGAGGUCAUCGAUUGGAGGAAGGCGGCCAUCAUCGGGGAUGAGAGGCUGCUGCUGCAGGUCCCGUCCAUGACUCGCUGGGUAAGCCGUGACAAGAUCCUGGUUCUGCGCCAGCAGAGUCAAUUCCUGUGGGACGCCUACUUUUCCUCGGUAGCAAAGAUCGUCCUCACCACUCUGGAGAUAAUCCGGGACCGGGUGGAUUCCGCCGUGUCCCGAAACCGACUGAUGUGGAACUCCCUGCCCGGUGGUCUCUAUGCACUCCCUCAGUACUCCACCGACCCGGCACGUUUCCCCUUUUACUACGCCACGCUAGGUAAGAGCCCACCAGGGCAGUUUACCGGCGUAAUCCACACACAGAGUCCACUGCAGUCGCAACCGUCCCCCGUGCUCAAACUAAUCAUCGCUGUUGCCAAAUCCAAGUUUUGUGCGCAGAUUGUGGUUUUAUGGAACGGCGAAAAGCCUUUACCUCCCAGGAACAAGUGGCCCUCCACCAGCGUGCCUCUCAACGUCAUCCAAGGACACAGCAAGACAAUGAGUAGUCGUUUCUACCCGCACGACAUCAUCGUCACCGAUGUCAUCCUCAGUCUGGACGAAGACUCAGUUCUCUCCACCAAUGAGGUGGAUUUCGCCUUCAUCGUUUGGCAAAGUUUUCCGGAACGGAUCGUGGGUUACCCCGCCCGGAGCCACUACUGGGAUAGCUCGCGGUCUUGCUGGGGCUACACCUCCAAAUGGACCAAUGACUACUCCAUGGUGUUGACCGGGGCCGCCUUCUAUCACAGGUACUACCACUACCUGUUUAGCAGCUACGUUCCCGCUAGCCUGCUGAGCAUGGUGGACCGCACGGCUAACUGCGAGGACAUCCUGAUGAACUUCCUGGUUUCCGCCGUCACCAAGCGUGCGCCGGUUAAAGUCACGCAGAAGAAGCAGUACAAGGAGACCAUGAUGAGCCAAGGCUCUAAAACAUCCCGUUGGGCCCACCCGGACCACUUUGCCGAGCGUCAGACAUGCGUCAACGCCUUCGCGCGCUGGCUGGGCUUCAUGCCUCUGCUCCACUCGCAGAUGCGGCUCGACCCGCUGCUUUUCCGAGACCAGGUGUCCAUGCUGCGGAAGAAGUACCGUGACAUCGAGAGGCUUUGAAGCCCUCGUCCUUACGGGCGGAGAAACGAAAGGUACACUCUCAGUUGCGAGGGAUCGAGACUUGAACUGCAUGACCCUUUCGUUCGAUCGGACUCAACCAAGGACCAUGUUGCUAUUGUACGUUUACGACUGCGGUUCGUGUCUGUAUGAAGCAAAUCCAAUAAACGUAUGCUAUAAA